AUGGCGGCGGAGACGAGGGCGCCGCUGAAUGUGGCCAUCCUCGGCGCCGGCAGCUUUGUCCGCGACGCCUACCUCGGACCGCUGCAGGCCAACUCGGACAAGCUGCUGGUGACCGCGCUGUGGAGCCGCUCAGCCGAGUCGGUGUGGGCCCUGCUGCCCGCCAUACAACAGUUCUCCGCCAGCUGCCAGCCGUACCAUGGCGAAGGCGGGCUGCAGGCGCUGCUGGGGUCUGCCGGCUUGGAUGCUGUGCUGGUGGUGCUGCCGCCGCAGGCGCAGGGGCCGGUGAUCCAGGCGGCGCUGAGGGCAGGUGGGAGCAUGGAUGCCUUUUUGCGCCUGCGAGACGCCAUCGCCUCUGGCCACCUGGGAACCAUCGCCCGGCUGGACAUGGCGGCUGACCUGGCCAUGUCUCCAUCCAACAAGUACUAUGACUCGGCCUGGAGGCGCGACAACACCGGCAUGCCAGGCGCAUACCUGACGGAGGGCGGCGUCCACUUUGUGGCCGCGCUGCGGAUGGCGGCCAAGGCUGCUGGCUAUGGGGAGGCCGUGGCCGCUGCGGCGGGCUCCCGAGGCAUCGCCGCCGACCUGCCCCACCCUGACACCCUGCUGGGCACGCUGCUGUUUGAGUCUGGCGCCGCCGCUGGCUACUCGGUGACCCUGGCUGCUGGCAGGAUGAGCAUCUCGCUCCAGGCGGUCGGCACGGCAGGGGCAGGCGAGGUGGUGCGCGGCGGCUGGGGCGCCCAGGGCCGCGCCUUCCGCCUGUUGCAGCAGGCACAGGGCGACGCAGCUCCCACUGAGAUGGAGAGUGGUGGCACUGGCCUCGAGGCUGAGCUGCUCAGCUUUGCCCGUCUGGCACGCGCCGCCGCUCCCGUCCCAGGCGGGGCGAACCUCACGCUGACAGCACGCGAGGCUGGCGCCGCUGUGGCCACAGAUGGUUCGGACCCAGAGCCAGAUGCAGUGACAGCUGGAGGCAGCAGGGCAGGAGCAGGGGGCGCGGAGGUGGCCGCGGCCCGCGACGUGCCGGUGGCUGUGGAGGAGCCAGCAGGGAUGGCAUCGCCUCUGGCCGACAUGCCGUCAGAGGAAGAUGCAUAUCGUAUCCGCUGCGUGGAGGCGGUGCGGGAUCUGGCAGUUGUGACCGCGAUGCUGGAGUCGGCGGCAGCGGGCGGCCAGAGGGUGCCUGUUGCACAGGUGUAG